AUUUUUCCUUUUUUUUCAGUCAGAGUGAAGGAGAGAGUGCAGACCCAUUUCAGUUGUGUAGAGGAUCCCACAGGCACAUAAAUGCAGUAUCUCAACGUAAAAGAAGAUUGCAAAGCCAUGGCUUUCUGUGCAAAAAUGAGGAGCACCAAGAAAAAUGAGCUCAACCUGGAGGCUCAGCACCAGGGGCUGGAAAUCCUCUUCUACCUGCAGGACAAAGCCCCGCUGUGUUACUCCAGCGGGGAGUUCACCUCGGAGGAGCUGUGCAUUGAGGCUGCCCAGAAGUGCUCUGUGUCCCCUCUGUGCCACAACCUCUUUGCUCUGUAUGAUGAGAACAAGAAGCUCUGGUAUGCACCAAACCAGGUCUUCAAGGUGGAGGAGGCCAGUAUGACCUGGUGAAGGGCCUGGCACCCAUCCGAGACCCCAAAAACGAGCAGGAGGUCCAUGAGAUAGAGAAUGAGUGUCUGGGCAUGGCUGUCCUGGCCAUCUCCCACGAUGCCAUCAAGAAAAACGUGAAGCUGCCAGAGCUUCCCAAGGACAUCAGUUACAAGCAUUAUAUCCCCGAGACUCUCAACAGAACCAUCAGGCAGAGGAAUUUCUUGACCAGGAUCCGGAUCAAUAACGUUUUCAAGCAUUUCCUCAAGGAGUUCAACAACAAAACCAUCUGUAACAACAGCGUCUCCCCUCGGGACCUGAAGGUGAAAUAUUUAUCCACCAUGGAGGUGCUGACCAAAUAUUAUGGGGCUGAGAUCUUUGAGAGCUCGUUCCUGCUGAUCUCUGCUGAGAAUGAGAUGAAUAAAUUCAGCUGUGGGGACAACGAGAAGUACGAGGUGAUGGUGACGGGGAACAACGGCAUCCAGUGGAGGCUCAAGCCAAGUGAGCUGCGGCUGGGCUCGCACGCCGAGGCGCUGUCCUUCACCUCGCUGGUCGACGGCUACUUCAGGCUCACUGCGGACGCCCACCACUACCUGUGCACCGACGUGGCUCCUCCCCUCAUCCAGCACAACAUCAAGAACGGCUGCCACGGCCCCAUCUGCACGGAAUAUGCCAUCAACAAGCUGAGGCAGGAGGGCAACGAGGUGGGCAUGUACGUGCUGAGGUGGAGCUGCACCAACUUCAACCACAUCCUGAUGACUGUCACCUGCCUGGAGGGCUCUGAGGUGAUGAAUAACUCAGGCCCCUACAAGAACUUCCAGAUCGAGGUGAAGAAGGGAGGGUACUUCCUCCAUGGCUCCAACAAAUCCUUUGCAUCCCUGAAGGACCUCAUGGAGCACCUGAAGGGGCAGAUCCUGCGCACAGACAACAUCAGCUUCACCCUCAAGAGGUGCUGCCAGCCCAGACCCAGAGAAAUCUCCAACCUGCUGGUGGCCACCAAGAAGGCCCAGGAGUGGCAGCCCGUGUAUCCCAUGGGGCAGCUGAGCUUCCACCGCAUCCGCAAGGAGGAGAUCGUGCAGGGAGAACACCUGGGCAGAGGCACCAGGACCCAGAUUUACUCAGGGAUGCUCAGCCUCAAGGAUGAUGAGAACGAAGGGUAUCAGAACGAGAGGGAGAUCCGAGUCCUGCUCAAAGUCCUGGACCCCAGCCACAGGGACAUUUCCUUGGCAUAUCAUGGUGGAAGAGUUUGUUGAAUGUGGGCCUCUGGAUCUGUUCAUGCAUAAGAAAAGUGAACUUCUCACAACCCCAUGGAAAUUCAAAGUGGCCAAACAGCUCGCAAGUGCCCUGAGCUACCUGGAGGACAAGGAUUUGGUGCAUGGCAAUGUGUGCACCAAGAACAUCCUGCUGGCCAGAGAGGGCAUUGAUAGCGAGUACGGGCCCUUCAUCAAGCUCAGUGACCCAGGAAUCCCCAUCACGGUGCUCUCCAGGCAAGAGCGCGUCGAGCGGAUCCCCUGGAUUGCUCCUGAGUGUGUGGAAGAUUCCAAAAACCUCAGCAUUGCUGCAGACAAGUGGAGCUUUGGUACAACCCUGUGGGAAAUCUGCUAUAAUGGAGAAACUCCUCUGAAAGAAAAGACCUUAGCAGAGGGCCACUUUGGCAAGGUGGAGCUGUGCAGGUAUGACCCAGAAGGUGACAACACCGGGGAGCAGGUGGCAGUGAAAUCCCUGAAGCCAGAGAGUGGAGGGAAUCACAUCGCUGACCUCAAGAAGGAAAUUGAAAUCCUGAGGAAUCUUUAUCACGACAACAUCGUCAAAUACAAAGGGAUUUGCACAGAAGAUGGAGGAAGUGGGAUUAAACUCAUCAUGGAAUUCCUUCCCUCCGGGAGCCUGAAGGAGUAUCUCCCACGGAACAAGAACAAGAUCAAUCUCAAGCAGCUGCUCAGAUAUGCAGUUCAGAUCUGCAAGGGCAUGGACUACCUGGGCUCCCGUCAGUACGUGCACCGUGACCUGGCAGCGAGGAAUGUCCUGGUGGAGAGUGAGCACAGGGUGAAGAUUGGGGACUUUGGGCUCACCAAGGCCAUCGAGACAGACAAGGAAUAUUACACGGUCAAGGACGACCGCGACAGCCCCGUGUUCUGGUACGCCCCGGAGUGUUUGCUGCAGAGCAAGUUCUACAUCGCCUCUGAUGUGUGGUCCUUCGGGGUGACGCUCUACGAGCUCCUCACCUACUGCGACUCCGAGUGCAGCCCCAUGGCCGUGGAUCAGCUGAUGAGGAAGUGCUGGAUCUACAAACACGACGAGCGCACCACCUUCCACAACCUGAUCCAAGGAUUUGAAACAAUUAUGAGUAAAAUGUAAAUAUUUUUUUUAAUCCUGUCAGGACUUUAAAUGCCCAGCAACCUCUCUAUGCCCAAGGCUCUUAUCUUUUUUUUUUUUACUCCUGUAAUUUGUACUCUGGCUGGGCUGAUGUGGUUCUAAAGGAUUCUUUUGCCAACAGAUUGAAGAGUUGGAUUAAAAGAAUUUAAAAAGUUUGGGCAAAAUGAGCUCCAGCUCCCUUUGCUGCUGUUGUUGCAGGGCAGUUUUAUCCUGCUCUGGUUCUGGCUGUGCCACAAUUGGAAUUGCCCUGCUGGAUGAUUGAGCUGGGAAAAUCCACUGCAUUUCUCAGCUCCAACCUCAGCCAGGGGCUCUAAAAGGGCUCAAUUAAUAAUUAUAAAGUUGGCUGACAAAAUAUCCUUCACAUGCACUUAAAUCCUAAUAACAAACAAAAGAAUUCUGGCAUAAAAAAUAUAGGGGAAGUGAAAUUUUCAGUUCUUUAUAAACCCAGUCCUGAGCUCUUACAGGUAUUUAAAGAGAAGUGUUCAAAACCACCACCCCAGCAGUGUGGAGGGGUGGGCACUGUUGUGCAUUUCAGUGAGAAGCCCAAAAAUUUGGGAUAAAUAAUUUGCUUUUUCUAACUCCAUUCCCAUAUUCUUCCCCUGGAGGGGUGAAUGUGCAACCCUGGAGCUGAGGGAAGGAAUUCCUGGAGCUGGGAAGGAACCCAGCCCAUGCCCAGAACCUGGAGGGGAUUAUCCCAGAGGAAAAGGCCUGGGCACCCAGGAUUGUCCUAAAGGCCUGGGCACCCAGGAUUAUCCCAGAGGAAAAGGCCUGGGCACCCAGGAUUAUCUAAAGGAAAAGGCCUGGGCACCCAGGAUUAUCCAAAGGAAAAGGCCUGGGCACCCAGGAUUGUCCCAAAGGAAAAGGCCUGGGCACCCAGGAUUAUCCAAAAGGCCUGGGCACCCAGGAUUAUCCCAAAGGAAAAGGCCUGGGCACCCAGGAUUGCCCUAAAGGAAAAGGCCUGGGCACCCAGGAUUAUCCAAAGGAAAAGGCCUGGGCACCCAGGAUUAUCUAAAGGAAAAGGCCUGGGCACCCAGGAUUAUCCCAAAGGCCUGGGCACCCAGGAUUAUCCUAAAGGAAAAGGCCUGGGCACCCAGGAUUGUCCAAAGGAAAAGGCCUGGGCACCCAGGAUUGUCCAAAGGCCUGGGCACCCAGGAUUAUCUAAAGGAAAAGGCCUGGGCACCCAGGAUUGUCCCAAAGGCCUGGGCACCCAGGAUUAUCCUAAAGGAAAAGGCCUGGGCACCCAGGAUUAUCCCAGAGGAAAAGGCCUGGGCACCCAGGAUUAUCCCAAAGGAAAAGGCCUGGGCACCCAGGAUUGCCCUAAAGGAAAAGGCCUGGGCACCCAGGAUUGUCCCAAAGGAAAAGGCCUGGGCACCCAGGAUUAUC